CAACCAUAUGUUAUAUUAUACACUUUUAGUUUUAGAUAACGAGAGAGAAUAAAUUAUAACUGUUCAUCAUCUCGGUUCUUAUCAUUUUCCUCAACCUACGUGACAAAGAACUCACUCGAUCUGUCUAAACCCAACGACUUCGUCAAGCUUACCAGUUUUUCUGUAUCGACAGAGGACAUGGGAAUAAAAAAAGAAGAUCAGAAAAGUUCCUUGUCCUUGUUGACGCAACGAUGGAAUAAUCCGAGGAUCGUGCGAGUCUCCCGAGCAUUUGGAGGCAAAGAUAGACACAGCAAAGUGUGCACAGUUCGUGGUCUCCGAGACAGGAGGAUAAGGUUGUCGGUGAUGACAGCGAUCCAAGUCUACGACCUUCAAGAACGAUUAGGGCUGAGUCAGCCUAGCAAAGUCAUUGAUUGGCUCUUAGAAGUUGCCAAAAACGACGUCGAUUUGCUUCCUCCUUUGCAAUUCCCACCUGGUUUUCACCAACUUAACCCUAAUCUCACCGGCCUUGGAGAAUCUUUUCCCGGGGUCUUCGAUCUUGGAAGAACACAGAGAGAAGCUUUGGAUCUUGAGAAAAGGAAAUGGGUUAAUCUUGAUCAUGUGUUUGAUCACAUCGAUCAUCACAACCAUUUCUCGAAUUCAAUCCAGAGCAACAAGCUUUAUUUCCCUACAAUUACUUCGUCUAGCAGCUCUUAUCACUACAACCUUGGACAUCUCCAACAGUCACUACUAGACCAAUCUGGUAACGUCACUGUCGCAUUUUCUAAUAACUAUAAUAAUAAUAAUCUCAAUCCUCCGGCGGCGGAAACUAUGAGUUCUCUAUUCCCAACAAGGUACCCUUCGUUUCUCGGUGGUGGUCAACUUCAACUCUUUAGUAGCACAAGCUCACAACCAGACCAUAUCGAGUAGUUCCAGCUGCAGAUUAUUUUUAGACGAUCUUUAACAAGUUGAAGAAUUCAAGUCAUGUGACAUGUAAGGCAUUUACUAUAUGUACAUAGAGAGAGGGAGAUUUAUAUGGUUUAAUGGUUAUUGUUGGAUUGAUUAAUCGUCACAUGCGUGUAUUUAUAGUAGACAGUCUUAUUAAAGAUUAUAUAAUAGACGCCAAAUCUGAUGCGAGCAAAGGUACAUAUUCAUAAUUCAUGUUGUGAUUGAGUUGGUAGAAUAUCUAAUUCAUUGUACCGCUACAAUCAAUAUAAAUAAUAUCUCUCAUACAAACUUUUCACAUUUGUAUGUAAAGUUUGUAGUGCCUAAAUAUGCUAUAACACAGGCCUCAUUGCACGCCAAACCCUAGCUUGUACUCAUAUGUCCACAACCACAUGCAUGUGUAGUAU